AUGUCCGAUUUCAUGAUCUACGGGGCCACGGGCUAUACCGGUCGCCUGGCAAGCGAAUACUCGAAAAGCAUCAGCCUCAAUCCUGUGCUAGCUGGAAGAAGCACUGACCGCGUUAAGCAACUCGCUGAUUCGCUUGGGUUUGCGUACCGCACAUUCGAUGUCAAUGAUCGCCAAGCUGUAGACAAUGGUUUGCGAGGCAUUCAUGUGUUACUCAGUUGUGCCGGGCCAUUUGCACGUACCGCCGAGCCUCUAAUGGAUGCCUGCAUAAGAUCCGGAGUACACUAUCUCGACGUAUCUGCUGAACUGAUCAGCUACCAGUUGGCAGAACAGAAGAACGACGAGGCAAAAACCGCAGAUGUUAUGCUUUUGCCAGGGUGUGGCGGCAGCGUGGCAAUGCUUGGCUGCUUAGCUGGACAUGCCAUCAAAACUCUCAAUAAGGUGGCCAGUAUUGAUGUUGCUCUGUUCGUCGCCGGAACAAUUUCGCGUGGCUCAGCAAUCAGCACAGCGGAAGGCGUAACAGCUGAGUGUCUAAAGAGACAAGAUGGUCAAUUGAUCGAGCAGAAUGUCCAAGAUACGGCUGAGUUUGACUUUGACGACGGGAAGGGCUCAGUCAGCUGCUUUCCAGUGACACUUCCAGACCUGCUCACCAUAUGGAAGUCGACCAAUAGUCCCAACAUCAAGACUUUUGUCCAUGUGUCUGGAGGUGCUUUUCCGACAGGAGAUUUAGCAGCUCUGCCAGACGGUCCAAUGGAGGAGCAGAGGAAAGAAAACCGAUACCAUGCUGCUGUGGUUGCCAAGGGGGAUGAUGGGACCAUCAAGAGGGCGGUUCUUCACACGCCCAAUGGAUACGAUUUUACAUCUGUGGCUUGUAUCGAGGCUGCGAGAAGGGUCUUGGAGGGGAAGGCUAAGGGAGGAUUUCAGACGCCAGCCAUUACUUUUGGCAGCGACUUUGUAACCACUAUUCUAGGAUCUACGUUGAAAGAUGUGUAA